CUGGAGCGGGGCCCGGAGCUGCCGCCGCCUCCCCCGCCGCCGCCGGGGGCCCCGAGCCCGGAGGCAGCUCCCCGCGUCCCCGGGAUGCCCGAGCAGUGCAAGAACCUCACCUACGUCCAGGGCAACGGGGGGCCGGUGACCAGCACGCUGAUGUUUCUGGCCGGGGUGGUGGGCAACGGGCUGGCCCUGGGCAUCCUGGCGGCGCGGCGGCGGGUGCUGCGGGCGCGCUCCUCGGCCUUCGCCGUGCUGGUCACGGGCCUGGCGGGCACCGACCUGCUGGGCACAUGCUUCCUGAGCCCCGCCGUCUUCGUGGCGUACGCCCGGAACAGCUCGCUGGUGGGGCUGGCCCGCGGCCCGGGGCUGUGCCACUGCUUCGCCUUCGCCAUGACCUUCUUCGGCCUGGCCUCCACGCUGAUCCUGGGGGCCAUGGCGGUGGAGCGCUGCCUGGCGCUCAGCCACCCCUACCGCUACGCCCAGCUCAACAGCUGCCGCUACGCCAAGCGGGCGCUGCCCGCCAUCUACGCCUUCUGCGCGCUCUUCUGCUCGCUGCCCUUCCUGGGCCUGGGCCGCCACCAGCAGUACUGCCCCGGCAGCUGGUGCUUCAUCCAGAUGCGCUCGGACGAGGCGGCCGUGCGCGCCUUCUCGCUGGCCUACGCCGCGCUGGUGGCGCUGCUGGUGGGGGCCAUCGUGCUGUGCAACGGCUCCGUCACCCUGAGCCUGUGGCGGAUGUACCGGGAGCAGCGGCGGCGGCGGGGCUCCCUGGCGCCGGGCCGGGCCGGGCCCGGGCCGCGCGACGGCGAGGACGAGCUGGACCACCUGAUCCUGCUGGCCCUCACCACGGGCAUCCUGGCCAUCUGCUCGCUGCCCCUGACGAUUCGUGGCUUCAGACAGGCUUUCAAACCUGACCUCAGGGACGGGGGCGACCUCACUGCUUUCCGAUUCAGUGCCUUCAACCCCAUCCUGGACCCCUGGGUGUUCAUCCUGUUCAGAAAAGCCGUUUUCCGAAGGCUCCAGCAGGUGCUCUGCAGCCUCUGCCAAGCCCCGCCCCGGGGGCCCGCAGCUGUUAAGGUCCAUAAUUUCCCCUUUCCCGACACAACCCAGGGAUGAAGCGCCAGGCACCUGCUCUUGUUCCAUCCCCCAGCCUCAUUUACCAACUCGGCUCUCGCCAGACUGGGGGGUGGGGGUAGGAGGGCUGGGCUCCCCGGGAUGGAUCCAGGAGGAAGGACAGAUUGUCGGUACCCAAGAUGUCAGAAACGACCAAAUCUCAACUGUGUGUGUGACGGCUCUGUCCCUGCCCCUCUUGAGUUUUCUCCUGCGGAAAAGGCAGGACUAGAAUAGCUCCCGAGGACCCUUCCAGCUUCAAGAGCGGAUGAGAUUCUCAGGGCCACAGGCGGCUGUUUGGGUGGGGCUCGGCCAGGGCGGGAGCCCAGGGACAGAUAUGGCCGCUUUCCUGUGUUAGCCCAGGGACCCGAGCGUCCGCCCUGCCAGGGUCCCCACAAUCCUCCAGGCUUGGGCUUUGCCCUGGCAGCUGCCCCCAUAAAGGCCAGACGACGGAGAAAGAAGGGGACAAAGUUUGUCCUGGAACCCAAAAAGAAUAGUGAUCUUAAAAUAACCAGCUCCUCUGGUCCCUUGCCCCAGCUCGGCCCAGCCCAGCACUCCCAAAGCUCUCCAUCUCACUGUCUAAAUAUUUGGAAAAGCAGGGAGGUUCUCAGCGGCUUCUGCACCCUCGGUGUGAAGCCCCCCGCCAGGGUGGGCCUCCCCCUCUCCAGGAUGGGAGACCCCCACAUCUCAAGGGCUUCCUCCCAUCAGCUCCCGUUGAAAAGUCAUCUCAUGGGCUCCGGCCCCGUCCCCUGUCCCUAAUCAAGCUUUUCCCCAGGGAGAUGGUGACAGGGAUGCCAGGAGGAAGAGGACGGAGUGGGCUGCUGGCUGGGGGUGAGCUGUUGGGCUUGGCAGGGACCGAGCAGGAAAGCAGAGGGCAGGGGCAGCGUGGGGGUGGGGCGGGCAGAGAGGAGGAAACAUGUUCCCACCCAGACAUUGGGAAAAGGGCCAAGAGACCCACAGCACUAAGCCUCCGCGUCGCAAAGAAAUGGGCAUCGCCAAGCUUAUUUACAGGCAGAACCCUGGGGAUCUCCAAGCACUCAGUUCUCCCUGAGCGCCCGUGGCCCUGGGGAACGCCGAGUCUCGGGCCAGCCUCUCCCCCAGCUUCUCCAAGUGGCUGUUCCCUUGCCCCAAUUCCCAGUCCCCGGGGGGGGGGGCAGGCCGCUGCCCAUCUUUGGGGGCCCCUAAUCUGGGGAAUGAUGAAUUGGCAUCUUGGCUGGAAGCUGAGGAGAUGAAACGGCAGAAUCCCACUUCCCUUUUCCUGACCGGGGGGCCCCACCCUGAGCCCCACACGGCCUUCUCCUGAGCCCGGCUAGCUCAGACUCAGCAGUUGGGUCAAAGAGACCCAGGAUCAGCAGGGCCGGGCAGGCUUCCCGUCGGCCACCGGGCUCUCUGGCCAGCCAAACAAGCUUAGGGGCCGGGCGAGGGGCGUGGGGAGGGCGGCAGCCCCCCACCCCUCCUAGGCUGGCUGGGGCUCUGCAGGACUUCUGGGUUCCGACCCAAUGACGUUGGAAGGACCACGGGCCAAGAGCCCGCAAGUGCUUGAUUCUUCUGGGGCCAAUUCAUGCACGAUGUGAUCUUGAGCAGGUCAUGUUCCUUUGGGUCUGUUCCUUUGCCUAGUUGGACUAGAUAAGGUUCCAAAGUCACAGAACGGUAGUGUCAGCUGGAAUGCUGUCAGACGGCAUACGAUGGAGCAUAAAGGGUCCUUGCAACAGGGACCGUCAGGGCUGGGAGGGGGCUUAGAACAAGGAAUGUCGGGGCUGGGAGGGGGCUUAGAACAAGGAAUGUCAGGGCUGGGAGGGGGCUUAGAACAAGGAAUGUCAGGGCUGGGAGGGGGCUUAGAACAAGGAAUGUCAGGGCUGGGAGGGCCCUCAGCCCAGGGAUGUCCAGCCUUUUCAGUCCUGGACACGGUGUCCUGAAGGCUGGAUCCAAGCCCUCCCUCUGGGAAGUCCCAGUUGUGGGCCCAUUUAAGCCCCGAUCCCACUUGCUCAUCUGUACAGCAAUGCCCGUAGCCUGCCAUCCCACAGAGAGAAGCUCCAAUGAUUUGCGUUUAAGAUGCUGCCCUGGGGAGGAGCUGUGGUGGGUCCAGACCCCCAAGAGCCAGGAGGAGCCUCCCGGGACCCCUGCCCUUGUACACGGCCCAGAAUGUCUCACAGCCCCUCAGGGGCCACGGCUGAUGAACGUUUGCUGGGGCAGGAAGUCCCUCCCUUCCCGGGCUGUGCCCAGUCUGGUCCUGUCAGGGGGGCUGCUCUGGAUGGCCCGUCCACCCUGGAGAGGCCCAGCUCAGCGCCCAUGACUUGGUCAUUCAGCUUAGGCUUGUUUGGGGGAGUUACUGGGGGCUGACAGCCACUUUCCUGUGGGCCCCAUCUUCUCCAUCUGUAGGACGAGGCUGGGUCCCCAAGCCUGGACUUGGCCCCGAGCCUCUCCUUUCAGGGUCAGCGUCAGCUUGCUCCGCCUGCCCUCCAGCCUCCCGAACCUCGCAGCCUUUGGGGGCAGACCGCGCCCCCUCCUCUCAGCAUCCAGCCAAAGCCCCCUCUGGUUCUGAGCCUAAUUAUCCAAGGCCCCAGCAGCCACAGCCGAGGCAUUCUGGGAGGUGUGCUGGCCAGACGCUGGCCCGGGGAGCCGUCCCCUCAGCGUCCCUGGGCAGCCACCCCGCCUCCCGCUCACGUCACCCAGGGCACGCCUCCGGCUCUUACAAUGUGUCCCCCAAGAGGCGCCCACGUUCGCUUCCUGGGUCUAGCAACAAGGCAGCCGACCAGAUGCCCUCCAAGGUGCCCAUGAGCAGCAGGGCACAGGAGCCCCAGACUCCUCCCCUUGGGCCUCAGCCUUAACUGUAAACGGGGGAGAAGACUCGACCCCCAAGGCCCCUGCCUUUAAGUCCACGCUCUGCCUUAAUUCCCAUCCCCCAUCUGGCCCGCUCCCCUUCUCAGCUGUCUCACUACCUACAGAAAGCCCACCUGGACCCAACCUCCCGCAGGAUUGAUGGCACACGGUGGCAGAAGCUGUUCCUGCCCCCACGGUGGGCCCAGCUCUUCUCCCUGGGGACAUGGCAUCUGCCUCCUGGGCCAGGGGACGCUACUUGCCCCCAUCCAAGUCCCUCUGGUCCCGUGGACCUCCCCCAGCCCCUCUGCUUCCACCCACUGACACAGCUGUACUGAUGGCACGACUGGGGCCCGCACCGCAUCUCACUGUGUCCUCGAGGGCCCCUCGCCCGCUGUUCUCGCCAGUCUUGGCAGCCCCUUCCCAUCUCCUAGGUAUCUGCAUACUGGAGGUGCUUAAUAAAUGUUUGAAUUGAAAACA